GCCCUGGCCCCGCCUCCUAGCGCUGGCGCUCGGCCCCGCGGCGCUGAGGAACCGCUUCGCGGCUUUGGCACAGUCCCGGCUUCUGCAGCGCCCAUGGCGGGAGCGGCGGUUCCGCUGCUGCGCGGAAACGCGCUGCUAAGAAGAUACCUCCCAACUUGCCUGACUUCUUGGACAACUCCUCCCCGUGUCCUGAAAUCUUCCCAGUCAGAAGCUCUGCUCGGUGUAACAGAUCAUGGGCCCCCCUGCGCCCCCCUGCAGAUGUUCACAGAGGAGGAGAUGAUGAUUAAGAACACCGUUAAAAAAUUUGCCCAGGAACAGAUUGCUCCUCUCGUUUCAACAAUGGAUGAAAAUUCAAAAAUGGAGAAAUCAGUAAUACAAGGAUUAUUUCAGCAAGGGUUGAUGGGUAUUGAAGUUGAAACAAAGUAUGGAGGAACAGGAGCAUCCUUUUUUUCCUCUAUCCUAGCCAUAGAGGAAUUAGCCAAAGUUGAUGCGUCUGUGGCUUUGGUAUGUGACCUCCAGAACACAGUAAUUAACAAUCUGAUUCGAAAACAUGGAACAGAAGAACAAAAGGCUACCUAUUUGACCAAGCUGGUGACAGAGAAGAUAGGAAGUUUCUGCCUUUCAGAGGCAGGAGCAGGUAGUGAUUCAUUUGCUUUGAAGACCAGGGCUGAUAAAAAGGGAAAUUAUUAUGUCAUCAAUGGGUCAAAGAUGUGGAUCACCGGUGCUGAGUAUGCGGAGCUCUUCCUGGUGAUGGCGAACGUAAAUCCUGACCUUGGGUAUAAAGGAAUUACCUGCUUCUUAGUAGACCGUGAUACUGAAGGCCUUCACAUAGGAAAAGCGGAGAAUAAAAUGGGGAUAAGAGCUUCUUCAACCUGCCCAUUAACGUUUGAAAACGUCAAGGUUCCAGAAGCCAAUAUCCUGGGACAAAUUGGACAGGGCUAUAAGUAUGCCAUCGGGAGUCUUAAUGAAGGCAGAAUAGGAAUUGCUGCACAGAUGCUGGGAUUGGCUCAAGGGUGCUUUGACUACACUAUCCCAUAUAUGAAGGAAAGGAUACAAUUUGGCAAAAGGAUAUUCGACUUUCAGGGGCUCCAGCACCAAGUGGCUCAGGUGGCCGUCCAGCUGGAGGCUGCAAGAUUGCUAAUAUACAACACUGCUAGGCUUUUGGAAGCUGGAAAGUCAUUCAUAAAAGAAGCAUCCAUGGCCAAAUACUAUGCAUCAGAGAUUGCAGGCCUCACAACCAGUAAGUGCAUCGAGUGGAUGGGAGGAGUCGGCUACACCAAAGAUUACCCCGUGGAGAAAUACUUCCGAGACGCAAAAAUUGGCACAAUAUACGAAGGAGCUUCAAAUAUCCAGCUGAACACCAUUGCAAAAUACAUUGACGCAGAAUACUGACAUCGCAGGGACGGGGCCUCCCCCCCUUGACGCUGGUAUAAAAGUCUAAACUAUUGUGCCUUGUUGGGGAAGUAAACCUCCACAGUAUUUUCUCUUCA